AUGGCGGACGACAGAACACAGGCCGAGAAACCAUUUUCUGUGCUGUUCGUCUGCCUCGGUAACAUAUGCAGAAGCCCCGCCGCCGAAGGUGUCUUCAGACAUCUUGUUAAGGAAAAGGGUCUCGAUUCUAAGUUCUUCAUCGACUCUGCCGGCACGAUUAACUACCAUGAGGGUGAUCAAGCGGAUCCAAGAAUGAGGGCAGCUUCAAAAAGGCGUGGAAUUGAGAUAACUUCGUUAUCGAGGCCGAUAAGGCCGUCCGAUUUCGGGGACUUUGAUCUUAUUCUGGCAAUGGAUAGGAAAAAUAGAGAGGAUAUACUAGAUGCAUUUGAGAGGUGGAGGCACAAGGAACCCUUGCCUGCCAAUGCAGAUAAGAAGGUCCAGUUAAUGUGCUCUUACUGCAAGAAGCAUGAUGAAACUGAGGUGCCCGACCCCUAUUAUGGUGGACCCAAAGGUUUCGAGAAGGUCCUGGAUUUGCUUGAAGACGCUUGCGAGUCGUUAUUGGAGAAUAUUGUGGCUGAGAAGAUGUAG